UGAUCGCCGGUGCGCUGUGUCCCUCGGACACAGCGGAUCACGGAAAGAGCCGAAGAUGUCGGCUCAGUCAUGUGAUCAGCUGUGUCCAAUCACAGCUGAUCACAUGGCACUGAUGAUCAGUGUGGCCCCAGAAGUGCCACCUGUCAGUGCUCAUCAGUGCCAUGUGCCAGUGCCCAUCAGUGCUACGUGCCAGUGCCCAUCAGUGCUAUAUCAAUGCCACAUAUCAGUGCAUACCAGUGCACAUCAAUGCCACAUAUCAGUGCCCAUCUGAGGUGCCUUUCAAUGUCACCCAUCAGUGCCAGUCAGUGUCGCCUAUCAGUGCGCAUCAGUGCCAGUCAGUGCCGCCUAUCGGUG